GGUGAGUUCACGUGACAAGCAUGCUCUUCUCAAUUAUCAUCUCAAUAUUCCCCCACCAUCUUCCCAUUUCCCAAAUCGGACUCCAACAAAAACCAAAAAAAUUAAAAACACACCAAAAACUAACAAAAUAUAAAUAAAAAUAAAAAAUAAAACCCCUUUUGUAAAAAAUAAAAAAUAACACUUCCCAAAACCUCCUUUGCUUUAGAGUUUAGAGAGAGAAAAGCAGAAAGGAGAGGAGAGAGAAAGAAAGGGCUAGCAAGCAAGCAAGCUAGCUGGUUGAGAGAGGAAGGAAGGAAGGAAGGGGGGUCACCAACAUCAACAACACACCAGAAGAGAAAAAACCCAAAAAUAAAAACCCAAAACAAGAAAGAAAAAAAUAAAUAAAAUGGGAAAAAUUGUGGAGAAGAAGAGGAAGAAGAAGAAAGGUAGACCAUCUUUGUUAGAUCUUCAAAAACGUUCUUUAAAGCAACAACAAGAACAACAAAGCCAUCUCAAAAAACAACAACAAUUGAACAAUAAACCCAUUAAUCCCAAAUUUCAAAACCCUAACCCUAAUUCAUCUUCAAUUGUUCGCCGAUCCACUCGUCGUAACCCUAACCCUAAUUCCGACCAAGAGGAAGCACAUUCAGCUGGGAAGAGGCGAGAGAAAGAGCUCAAACAUGUUCUAAAAUUGCCUAAUAAAGAUAAUGAAGAAGUCAAUUCCGAUAAUUCUGGGUCUGAUUCUGAUCAUUCUUUGGGUUCCAAUCAUAAGAAGCGCAAAAUUGACUCAAUUUCUCAUGGAUCUGGUGUUGAAUUGGGUAAUAAGAGUGAAAAGCACAGUGCUGAUGCGACAAAGCAGACGAACACUCAAUCAGGUUCUAUGCUUGAUGAUGGCCCCUCAACAAGUUUACCAGAUAAAAGUUUGUUGCUUUUUAUACUUGAUAGACUUCAAAAGAAAGACACUUAUGGAGUUUUUGCUGAACCUGUGGACCCAGAAGAGCUUCCAGACUACCAUGAUGUCAUUCAGAACCCGAUGGAUUUUAGUACAGUAAGGAAGAAACUUGAUAAUGGUGCCUAUGCAAACCUGGAACAAUUUGAGAAAGAUGUUUUCUUGAUCUGUUCCAAUGCUAUGCAGUACAAUGCUCCUGAGACUGUCUACUUUCGGCAGGCACGUACAAUACAAGAGUUGGCUCAGAGAAGUUUUGAUAACUUGAAGGCAAAUAGUGAUGAUAAUGAACCAGAGCACGAACCGAAGGUCGUAAGGAGGGGAAGACCGCCAACAAAGAAUUUGAAGAGACCACCAGGUAGACCUCCAUUAGAGAGAGCUAACUCUGACUUUUCUGAAGCGACUAUUGCUAGCUCUGGCGGAACUACCAACCGAUCCAGUAAUGAUUUGAGAAAAGCAUCUCAUUUGGAGAAAAUUGGAUCAACUGAUUCUUUUUCGCGGUCUUUGUACGGUGCUCGUAUUAGUGAGGCUUAUGUUGGCUGGUCAGCCGAGAGAUAUGAGAGAGCUGAUGACUUUAUAGGUUCUGGUUCUAAGGGGAUAGCAAUGAAGCAUGGAAAGAAACAUAUUGUGCUUGAUGACAGUAGACGCAGUACCUACAUGCAUUCCUAUGCAUUAUCUUGUGGACAAGAUUCGUCCAUAUUUACUACCUUCAAUAGAGAAAGAAAACAGCUAAUUGCUAUGGGGCUGCAUACAGAGUAUGGUUAUGCCAGGAGUUUGGCACGAUUUGCUGCUAAAAUUGGACCUGUUGCGUGGAAAGUUGCUUCGAAGAAGAUUGAGAGAUGCUUACCUGCUGGUGUUAAAUUUGGUCCAGGAUGGGUCGGAGAGAAUGACACUCCUGCGGAAAGGUCGAUUCAGCAGCAGUCAACUGCUUCUGCUGGUCAGCAAAUACCUACAGAUACAUAUACAGAUACAGAUACAGCUUCUGUUCCUGCUCCUGCUCAAGGUACCAUUGAUUCAAGUGGUAACAAAUCAUCUUUAAAGCCACAAGUUGAUAAAUUGUCUGAGACAGAAGAACCAUGUAUUAAAUCGAAGGUCAAUGAGGAGUCAUGCAAAGCCAAUUGUCCCUCAGCUGCUGCUAAUAUUGCCACUCCAGUUUCUUCUUCCAACUUACCGAGCAAUGGUGCUGGGUCUGGGCCCAAUUCAAUCGCACCGGAAGCCACUGCAAGUUCACCGUCAAGUUCAAUGGUCAACGUAUUAAAUAACGGCGCUAAUUCUGUGAAACCAGGAAACCCACAUCAGAUCCAUCAAAAUUCUACUGUGCAUCCUCGUAUUAAUGGCCUUAAUGGUAGUUAUGGGCAUAAUUUUGCGGCCCAGAUGGGGAAAAUGACCGGGAUAGGAAGGCCUUCAGUGUUACAGGCUAACCCAUCUAUUGUGUCAGUGUCCAGAACUGAGACACAGAGUCUACAACCUGUGACUUCCUACAGCAACGGUUGUGAAGAAGCCAUGUCAGGAAAUUAUAGUACAAAAAAGCCCGUUAAAAGUUUACCAAGCACGGUGUCGAAUCAAAAUGUUGAGUCCACACCACCGGACUUGAACGUUGGAUUCCAGUCUUCAGGAUCUCCGGUUUCUGGGAAAACGGAAGCAGUGCAGCCGGAUCUGGCCUUGCAGUUGUAGUAAUGAGGUAAUUACCCUGCCCCCCUUCAAUUAUUCCACAAUGGUGUAAGGGUUUCAGAUUUUUGCUCCCAGUGAGUAGAGUGGAGAGAAAAUGUCUCUCCUCGUAAUGGGGCGAUUGAGUUGAAGCCAUAGCUAACUGUAUUCUUAGAUGGAGUUGUAGUUUUUGUACAGAUUUGUGUAUGGAAAAUUGUUAGGUAGCAAGUGAAGAGGCGUCUCGUGUAACGUUAAUUCGAAGCUCUGGCGUAACUUAGAAUUUGUUUAUGUCAACUGUCAAGAUGCUAUAAAUGUUAUACUUCCAAAAAUUGUCAAAAUUGAGAAUAACACUAGAGAUUAGUAUUGCGUCUUCAGAGUCUGGAUGUGUUUCUUCUGAUCCCCUCCUUAUCGUAGAGGUAUCUAUCUUUUUUUGGUUGAUUUAAAAUAUGUCUGUUGGCUUUGAUUGUUGACUGGUUUGACCAAUUAAAAAUGUUGACUGAUUUGUUAAUUAUCAGUUUAAA